GCAUGUUUAUUGUAGGCCUGUCUAUAAAUGUUGGAUGCAGUUUUCUUUCCUCAGCAAUACUGGGCAAGAGUAUUGUGCAGAUGAUGGACACAGAGGAUCCCAUUUGUCAGAGCACUGCUGGAAAUGAAAACCAAGAAGCUGAUGGCAACCGUAUAUGUGGAUUAAGACGUGAAAGAGGAGUCAAAGUCACCGAGAAGCAGAUCCUCAUAGCUGGCUGUGAUACCACAGAUACUUAUCGCCCUGCAAACAUGUCGGAUCAAAUACAGUGUGGUUCAGAUAAACAUCUCCAGAAAUUACUAGCAAUGCAGGAAGCAGCUGAUUAUCCUCCUCAAAACUGUCAUACAGAAGAAGACCCACAAGAGGGCAGAGAAGACACAUGUGAAAGUAGCUCAGAAAAUCAGACAUUAGGAAUACAGGGCAAAGAAGAUAAUCUUGUAUGGCUGGAGCCAGUGGGAAAUGCGGAAAAUGCAGGGACCUUCCCACAAAAUGAACAUAAGCCUGGCUCAUCAUUGGAUGGGCAUGAGUCUCACACACCUGAGAAAAAGACCAGAGAUCAUUCCCUAGCAGCUCAGGAAAAAGAAGACAGCAAAGAUUCUUUUGCUUUGGGCUCAGGAAUUUCCAAAGAAACUUUGCAAGAGUUAAAAAACAUGCUGCGGGAGAGUCCCCUGCUAAGUACUAGGGCCAUGAACAGUAGGAAAAGCAGCAGGUCCUGUUCCCAUAUACCUCUGAUGAAGACUAAUGAUAAGCGAGGUUGGUGCAUGGAAAUAUUUCAUCCACAUUUAAGUGGAGGUGACCAGAAAGUCCCUCCUGUGCAGUGGCAUGGAGGAGGGCAAGGCAGGAUGCCACUGGUUCUUAUCUCUGCUGGGCUGGAUGAGCAACAAUCUCAGAUUGAAGAUCUGAAGAACCCUACUGAGAAACACCAGAUAUCUUCCCCAAAUGCAGGCAGUGUUCCAGGAACUGAAUUCGACCUCACAUCUGAAGAACACAGCAGAGAUUCUGAUAUAAAGAACCCUGGCAAUCACAUUCCUCUUCAAUUGAUAUCUGAAAUUGAACACAUUAAAGAACAGAUGGCCAGAGACAACAUUCGUUUUGUCAGGUUUGAAGCAACAGACCUUCAUGGAGUGUCAAGAUCAAAGAGCAUCCCUUCUCGCUUUUUCCGGACCAAAGCAAUCCAUGGGGUUUCAAUGCCCAGAUGUUGUCUCGAGCUGACCCUGAAUCCUAAGAUUAAUGAAAUAAACCAGAUAAGUGCCAGCAAUUUCAAUUGUGAUAUUGUCCUGAGUCCUGAUUUAUCAACAUUUCGGGCUUUACCAUGGGCUGAAGAAACGGCGAGGGUGAUAUGUGAUUCCUUCACUGUAACAGGCAGCCCUCUAUUGACGUCUCCCAGGCACAUUGCCAAGCAACAGCUGAUCCAGCUCCAGGAUAGUGGCUUUGCUUUGUAUUCCAGCUUCACUUAUGAAUUCUGUAUUUAUGGCAUUGCUGAAAUUGUAAAUUCAAAGACAAUAUCUUUCCCUGCUGCAACUAUCUUAAAUAACCAUGAUCAGUCUUUCAUUCAGGAACUCAUUGAUGGAAUGUAUCAUGCCGGGGCAAACAUUGAGAGCUUCUCCUCUUCCACAGCGCCUGGGCAGAUGGAGAUCUCCCUCCACCCAGAGUUUGGCAUCGGGGCAGCUGACAAUGCCUUCACUUUCCGAACAGGCAUCAAAGAAGUGGCCAGAAAGUACAACUACAUCGCCAGCUUUUUCACUGAGAAUGGAUUUUGCAAUUCGGGCACUUUCUCUCAUAGCCUAUGGGACAGCAAUGGGCAGAAUAAUUUGUUUUCUUUUGGUUCUGGAGCUCCAGAGUUCACUGACAUAGGGAAAAACUGGCUUGCUGGAUUACUGGUGCAUUCUGCAGCUCUCAGCUGUCUUAUGGCACCGACCACUAGUUGCCGUAAACGCUACACUGCAUACAGCAAGGAUUCAAAGGACACUGUUAUUGCCAAAUGGGCAUGCAAUGAUAACAGCUCUGCAUUUAACCUCAAAAGUCAUGGUGAAAGAGGACCUCGCAUAGAAAACAAGCUCGGCUCAGCAACAGCAAAUCCCUAUUUGGUGCUGUCUGCUACCAUUGCAGCAGGCCUGGAUGGUAUAAAGAGACGCCUCAGCUUCCAAGAGCCCUCAGAAGAGACUGAGAGCUCUACUCGCUUCAAAGUGGCAACCAUUCCUCUGAAACUGGAAGAUGCUCUUGUUGCACUUCUGGAAGAUGAGUGUAUCAGGGAAGCACUGGGUGACAAUUUUGUCCAAUAUUUUGUCACCAUGAAACAGUACGAGAUGGAAACAGAAGAAAUGGAUGUGGAAAGGAAUAAAUUUUUUGAAUAUUUUAUCUAGCAUUAGCUAGAUAAAUUUUUUUGAGCGCUGUCUCCUUGAACUAAGAAUCAGAAAGUCCCCAUUUCAAAUCUCACACCUGCCAUGAGCUCAUUAGAUGUUCCCCAGCGGGGUCUCCUCAUCUCUCAUUGCUUCAGGCUCCCACCCACAAUGUGGAAGGUAGACUAUUGUAACACUGAAGGAUUACUAUUGAAUACACGUGAAGGACUUUGAACGCUUGAAAGUGCUAUACAAAUUUCAAGUGGGAUUAUUGUUUCUUGGUGAAAGCUCUCAUUCCACAGAAUUUCAAGUGAAUAUGUGUACUCAUAUUGUACUUGAGACCUUUCUCUGGCAUCUCAGGGCCAAACUGGAUGCUUUCUUCAUACUAGAUAAUGAAGCAGCAUAUCUUAUUCCCCCCUAAUUAAUUACAGGUAAGAGAGUGGUUUUAUCUGAAA